CGAACACCUCCAGAUUUAAAACAACGACUAGCUGCCACAAUUAUCAAAACCAUCGCUGAAACCUUACCAUUAUGGAUUGUUAGGUAUUUAUUAUAUCUGGCAAGCGUUGUAGAGCAAAUCUCAAAUGGAAUGUAUACGGGAAAACAAAGAGAUCAUUGGUGCCGUCGACUAAAGGGUGGGGACGGAUGGAAUGGUUACCUUAUUGCUGAAAAUGCUAAUACUGUUGAUGUCGGCGACAAUGCUGAUAUAGUUAUUUUAUAUGCGCACGGUGGUGGUUUUAAUGUUGGUGGGCCUUUGAUAUCUCUGGUGGUUUACGUUAAAUGGAUUAAAUCAUGGAUGUUUAGUCACGGGGCUAAUACACACAUAUUAGCGUUAGAAUAUGGUCUUUCACCAGAACAUCCUUUUCCAACUGCACGUGACAACAUGUUGAAUUGUUAUCAAUGGUUAGUCAACGAGAAAGGAAUUAGUCCGUCCAAGAUCGUUUUUGCUGGUGAUAGUGCUGGUGCAACCAUUUCUGUAGUAGCUGCCGUGGAACUUCUUAACAAUCCAGUGUCCUACACUGCUCCUGUACCAUCCCGCUUGCUUCUUAUCUCGCCUUGUUUCUCGGCACUCACCACCUCACGAACAUUCGAAACAAAUAAUGCUGAUGAUUGUAUAAGCAAGAUUUGGUUCGAAAAUUGCUUAACAAACUACCUAGGUAACUCUAACUUACUUCCAACAUGCCCUCUAAUAUCCCCGUUAUUCAACCGACAUCUACGUGGUCUACCUAAAAUGUGGAUAUGUAUGGGGUCUUAUGAAGUAUUCCUAGAGGACGCAACAUUAUUCGUUGAAAAAGCUAGAAGCCAAAAUGUUAGCGUUGAAUUUGUGGUCGAAGAAAAUAAUCUGCAUAAUUAUGCCGUCGCAUGGCCUAUAUCAAGAGAUGGUGGUGCUCAAAAAGCUGUUAAAUAUAUGUCUAGAUUUUUAUUUGGCGAGCAACCUGUUAUUAGAAAUGAUGAAAUUAUAAAGCUGUAA